CUCCUCCUCUUCUUUCGAAAGAGGACUUUUGGUCUUUCGUGUUGUGCUGAACAUGUAGUAGUUGGGUCAUUUAUUUCUAUUAUUGCUCCUCCUAGCCAGUACUGUACUUGGUACUACCCCAAGCUAUCUAGCCAGUAGACUAUCCCUCUACCACCCUCUGAAGAAGAAAAACAAGCCGCAAAAGUCGACCAUGGCGUCCCGACCCUCCUUGGAGCGAUCCAUCAAGCGAGGAUCCACUGGCAUUCGAACGUUUGAGUUGAACCGCAAUGCCAGGGGAUCCAGCAAAAUGUCGAGUGUAAGUGGCGACAAGAAAGGUCAUCUUCCCGUGGACCUUCUGUUUCCUGGCGGUGAGCCGCCCGUGGGAGUGCAUGUGGAAGAGUUGGGACAAUUUGGUGAUCCCAAGGCCAGGCUAAAAGACGACUGCCCCUUGGCUUUGGAUGUGAUGCUGGAUCAAAAAGGGGCAUUGGACGUGUACGAUGAGUUUAUUCAAGCCGUGGUAUCGGAGUGUUACAUCAGAUGGCUCAUGCUCUUUGACCCACAAAAGAUUGUGGCGUUAUUGCGCGAACGUGGCUUUGCGGAGCGCUUUGCUGCUCAGGGCGUCAAGGUGUGUGUGUGUGCACAAAGGCUGCCGCAGAAGGAUAAUUUUGAGUACGACUGGCUGGAGUUUGUCGACUUGGAGGCGGCUCCCGAUUACCAGUCGGAAAGGGACGUGGCCCUCACAGCGCAACAAAAAAAGCUCAUGCUGCCUUCGGGAGUCCAUCUCCAAAACUUGGAUCCAACCAAACUGCUCCAAGAAGAACAGACACCAGCAACGGGCAGCCUUCUGGAACUGUUGGAAACCAGAGGCCUUGUGUCGCUCCGUUCCAGCUUGAUGGAAGCCAUAAAACAAACCGUCCAGAGUUUUCGCUUCACCGCACCCAAACUCGACUACAAAGAUGUCCUAACAACAGUGUCGGAGCAGUCCUUUGACCAAAAGUUUGAAGAGGCUGGUGUUAAAGUCUUGGUCUGUGCGGAAGAAGCCAGCUUUGUUAGUAGCAGCAAGGUCUGGCUGGAGUUUGUGGACCUGGAAAAGGGCCCAACCCAUUACGCCUCUCGGUACGACGCUUCCUUGCUCUUGAAUCGGCGCUUCGUACCCGAGGGUGUUGCAGUCAAGGAGCUCUCUCGCGCCAACACAAGCCAAGAUGAGAAACGCUUGGAAGAGUUGCUGGAGAAAAAGGGUCUGCAGCAGCAACACUACCAGCAACUCGAAGAUGACAUUGGAACAUGCAGCACCCUCACAUUGGAUAAGAUCCUGGAAGUUGUGGAACGAUACGAAUCCGUUUUCGCGUCCAAUGGCAUUGGAUUGGCUCUUUGUCGCUCUAAAGGAGAGUUCUGGAUCGAGUUUAUGGAUCAAGAGACCAUUGACGGUACCGGCUACACGCCGAUCUACAAUGUCCUCAAUACCAACCAGAUCGGUCAGGGCAUGCACAUCCCUCCCGCCGGAGUUGCUAUUGAAGUGCUUGGGAGCACCAAUACGCUCAAGCAAGAAUGCCCAAAGGCAUUGAAGCUUCUGCUGGAGAAGGCUGAUGCUCGUCCCGAGUAUGACAAAUUCGUGGAUGCCCUUACAGACAACAAGCAUCAUGCCAAGGACAUGUGGGGAUACUGGCAGAUUUCCUCUAUUCAAACAAUUCUGGAUGAGUUCCAAGGUGAAUUUCACGACAAGGGCAUCCACGUCGCCCUUUGCAAAAGCCAAUGGGCCAGCGGGACCAAUUGCUGGUUGGAGUUCAUCGACUUGGCUGUGGCACCGCCAACCUAUGUUCCAAUCUACGGUGUGCAGGCCAGAAGGAGCGUCUUUGACGGACGUCAUUUCAUUCCUGUGGCGGGUGUGGAAAUACAGGAGCUGUUUGUAGGAGGGCAAGCCAAGUUGGAGAACGAGUGCCCACCGGAGGUUCUGGAGCUGCUGGAACGCAAGUCCGUAGCAUACGAAGAGAUUGCCAAGGCCCUUGGACCACUCCUACCGGACCCCUUGACGGUCAAGGAAAUGGCGGCGGAACAGGCUAUUUCUAUUGUGACCGACAAAAUCAUUCAACAAGAUCAGGGCAAGGAGCAAAUGAAAGAAGUCGGUGUCGAAUAUGCCAGCUCGCUCACAGGCACGACACUAACAACUAAAUCUAUCGAGGAACGGUGGAAAGUGGCAAUCGUCAGGAUGCUGUAUACGCUGGACGAACUGAGCACCAAUCUUGGGUUGGACACCAAGGGGUUAAAGCUUGCCUUAUGCGAACGACACGCGGAAUCGGCGAACCAUUACUGGCUGGAGUACAUUGACGUGACCGUCGCCGAGGACUACGUUCCUUCAUACAAUGCUGGGAACUUGAGCACCCAGAUCCUCCAGACGACCAAGGCCACCGUGCGCUUUCCCAAGGGUGUUGCCGUGGAAGAACUACUAGAAGAUGGUAAUGGGCUCGCGAAAUGCAACGAGUUGGGGUCGAAGGUACCACCACAAGUCCAAGAGAUAUUGGAUGCCAAGGACCUGCAACAGGAGUACGAGUCUCUUACGACAGCCUUGUGUCAAUGUGGAAUCGGACCAUCGGCGCAUUGGGAUUGCGACAAGGUUCAACAAAUAGUUCAAGCCAUGGGUCCUGCCUUUGAGGCCAAGGGUGUGACACUAUGUGUCUCUUACAAGCAAGAGCGGUUGAAGCAGAAAGUCGAUGCCCAAGACUUGGGCAAGUAUGAAGUUGGGUAUUGGAAGGGAUACCAAUGGGUGGAGUUUAUUGAUCGAACGCAACAACCGAACUACGUUCCUCAAAGGGGUGUUCAUUUGAAGGCAUCUAAAGAGGGUGGUAUUCAAAUGGAUGAAGUUGUUUUGGUUGGCAGCCUUGCGUGGUCGGUUGGAUGCAUUGUCUUGGCCUCCAUGAAAUGAAGUAAGUACUGGUAAUAAGGGGUCAUCAUCCAAGCAACCUACAGUCUCAACACGUGACUUGCUUUGGAUUGUUCCUUUGCGCCUGCAUCCCUUCCACAACAUGAACCGUGCACCCCCCUACCUUCGUCCAAUUUGCCCACCCCACCACCACCAACUGACAACGCUGGAUGGGAUGUUUCAACAGUAGUUUCUUUUAUUAUUAAUAAAAGUAAGUCACAUGUACUGUAUGUGUUAAAACGUUCACUGUGUGACCCGUAGCUGGGAAUUCAAGCCAAACGGCGAAGAGCCACGGGAAUGCUCAAAGGCAGAGCCAAAUGAAAGGACCUGAAAUGCAAUCACAGGGGAAUCGAAUCCAAAGGUCAACCAUAGACAUUGCCAAUAGACCAUGCCACCAGUACCUAGCAUGCGAGCUAUCCCGUUGGUCGUCUGGAAGAGUAAUAGUACUGUCAGUUGAACCAGCUGGAAUUUUGUUGUAUCAACACUGUGCCACUCCUUCUUAGCUAGCUACUGUCAGUUGAACGAGCUGGAUGU